CCUCGGCAGCGUCAUCCAUCAUGAGCGAGGCGAGUCCGCCGUCGAGGCCAGGCAAUGCAGUAACCGAGUGGCAACGAGCCCGGAGCCACGUAUGAGAUCAAGAUACGCGUAGCCGAGAGCUCGGGCACACCGGCGAACGAUGGUGGAGUUGGUGGUGGAGGAGAGCGGCUGGAACGUGAACGAGCGCCGCGACAUGUGGGCCACAAAUAAAUCCGAGUACGAUGUACGUGAGCAGCAAGAAGCUCAAGGGAAUGGCGAGUCCGGCUCGUUGGAGUCCCCGCGAAACGCCAUCGCCGAGAAGAGCCCGAGCAGUAUCAAGCAGCGUGAUUCGCUGUGCCCGCGCACAAUCAAAACCAGCGGCGAGGAGUUCGCCUCUGCGAAGACGGUGCCGCCACUCAGACUGAAAAAGAUAUCCAAGUCCCGGGAUGAGCCGUCUUGGGCCGCGCGCACGAUAUCGACCGCGGAGUCCGAUACCGAGAAAGACUCUGGCGACGAUUGUGCCCUCGUGACGCGGGACGAGGUAACGAGCUUCGACGAAAUGGCUUGUGAGAAAUCGAGAGAUAGCAGCUCGGUUAAGAGCAUCGAGAUCGUGAUCCCGUCGAUGCCGGAGCUGGGGAUCAAGGAGACGCGUACCGACAGAAUUAGUUUGCCACGGGAAACCAUGCCUUCUAAGUCAUUCAUUAUCAACUACAUACUCGGAAAGGAUACUGAAGCACAAGAGUUUGACAAAAUCAUGGCGCAUACAAAAGCAACGCCUAAAAGUACCGAUAAAGUUGUUACCGAGGCCUUGGAUCUCAAGAAAAAGGUUCAAUUACACCAGAACGGGUACUCGACAAUGUCAUCGGACUUUGAUGUAUUCAAAUCGAUGCCCGUCCUAUCGCACAGUGACUCUAUUAAAACGCCGACGAAGGGCUCACAAGCUGAUGCAUUCUCUUGCAAUCCGAGGGAAUUGUUAGCCCAGAAUCCAGAACAGCUGCACACCUACUCGUCCUUCCUUACCAACCAGCUGAACGUCCCACCAACGUCCACUAAUACAUUGUUGGCUGCAGUCCUGCGGCCUUUGACUUACCCUCCACAUUCACGAGAGACAUUGGAGCCUUGGGCCCCAUCCAAUAGUCCGCGCGAGGCCCUCAUCCCCAAUAGUAUCCCAGGCGCCUGGUCCGAUCAUCAACAUCCCCUCAACAAUCCCAGUGGUACGAUCGCUGACAUUGACGCGGUGAGGCAACGUCAUUAUCAUCAUCAUCAUCAUCGUCAUCAUCACCAGCAUCAUGAGCAACAGCAACAGCACAACAACAGCAACAACAAGGACAUCAUUAUCAGAUGCAACAACGAGAGGAAGCACAAAUGUAUAGGGAUAAUAAAAAGCCCCUGGAUUUGGCGAUUAAGAGUCGCAAGAAGAAUGCGCAACAGGAGAAAUGCCAACAGCAAUCGGAAAAGGAGGAUAAAAGAAAGAGGCAACGAGCAUACUCUCACACAUACUCUCAGACAUCACAAUACACCAUAUGCAGCACUACACCAAGAGAUAGAGAGAUUUACGAGAUUUACCUACCUCUACAUGUAG